UACUUUCAGCUAGCAGCAAACUUGGUCAUCAAGAUCCCCAAAGCCACAGUAGGUCAACUAGUGCGUGAUGCGGUCAAACAGAGCAGGCGCUUGCUCUGCCUGAUCGAUCCGCCUAUAAACACGGAAACCCACACUAGCAGCUAGGCUAGCAGCAGCACACAGGAAAAUGGAGCAGUCAACCGGCCAAGGAGCGCAGCCGCCGGCGAAGAAGGCGGCCGUGGAGGUGACGCUCCGCCGGUUCACGCUCGCCGACGUGGACGCCAUGAUGGCGUGGGCGUCGGACCCGCUGGCGGCCGCCCCGUGCCGCUGGGAGCCCUACACCUCCACGGAGCCCCUGCUGGCCUUCCUCCGCGACGCCGUGCUGCCGCACCCCUGGUUCCGCGCCAUCUGCCUCGCCGGCGACGACCGCCCCGUCGGCGCGAUCUCCGUGUCGCCCACGGACGACGGCUGCCGCGCGGAGCUCGGCUACGUGCUGGCCCGCGCGCACUGGGGCAAGGGCGUGGCCACGGCGGCCGUGCGGCGGGCGGUGGCCCAGGUGUUCGGCGAGCUGGAGGGCCUGCUGCGCGUGGAGGCGCUGGUGGACGUGCCCAACGCGGCGUCGCAGCGGGUGCUGGAGAAGGCCGGGUUCACAAGGGAGGCCGUCCUGCGGAGGUACUGCGUGCUCAAGGGCAACGUCAAGGACAUGGUCAUCCACAGCUUCAUCUCUACCGACACGGUGCUGCUCGACUGACCGAUCCCUAUGGAUGCGAACAGUGGUCUCUGGUCUGGUCUCAACGUACGUUGUACAUAGCUCAUGGUUAGUUUUCAGGUCCAGGUCCAGUGGCACUCCAGUAUUUUUUUCCUAGCUGUUUCAUUAUUGUUGUAUGAACCAAGACUACAAUGAUUUCAUUGGUGUGGAAAUUCUAAAUGUAUCUUUACUUUUCCAUUUGUAUGACUAUAUCGUUUAUUCA